UUCUCCACCGGAUUGGUGAAACCAGACGCACGGGCAGGCUAUCGCUAUCGGUCCAGAGCUUUCUCUCUCUACGGCCAGCCCGGUUGUCAAAGGCCAAACAUGUACCAACUACCCGUGGAGAAACUGGACAAAAUACGGAAGUCGCGUAAAAGAGUGAAAAGUAUACUUAGUGACAUUGGACUUGAAAGUUGUAAAGAAUUAUUGGAGGAGCUGAAGUGCUUUGAUGCCGGUGAUGACUGUUUUGAGAACACAGAGUGGGAUGACUUUACAGAUGGUUAUAAUGGCAAACGGAGAAAAAAGUGGGGCUACCGGACAGAGACACUGUGCUGCGCACUUUGCUGGUUCUCCACGCGGUCCUGGUACACGUUCAGAGCCCAUGUUCAGCGUUGCCAUGAGGAGGAAGAGGACCUUAGCACCCUCACCACCUGUCCUAGCUGCCCUUUCGUCAGCCACCCUGACCUUAUCAGCCAGCAUGUCAAGUUGUUCCAUGGCAAUGCCGCUAAGACCUCGCAGGCGUCUGCCCCAGCCUCGGCCUCCCAGACUCUUGUUGUCUUCUCUACCGCCAACGUGGGCGACAAAUACUCGUGCCGCAACUGUGGAUUCCACGACUCGCUCAUCUACGUGAUGAGGAAGCACGUACUCGUGAAUCACUACAGACAAUUACUGAUGCGCUACUUCGGGCAGCGCAGCAAAGCAGAGCAAACGGCUGGGCUGGGCGGCACCAAAUUGUCCCAGUUUCACUGCCGCGAGUGCAGCAUGCCGGCAGAGACUUCCGAGCACCUGCUCUACCACAUCCUGAGCUCAGACAAACACCGUGAGGUGCACACUCAGAUCCGGCCACUUAUCAUGGAGCAUGUUAACAGCAGGACCGGGAAAAACGGUAGCCAGCAGAGCCUGCCCAACCUCGCUCCCCGUAGUGUGCAGAGAGUAGUGUCCUUGGUGUCCAGGGCCAGCCAGCCAAUCACAGCUAAGGGGCCGUCCUCGGGCACGGUGCUGCUGGCUCCCCCCUCCACACCCACUGCUCUGGUGUGCUCUCCAGGGGCCCGCCAGGUUCUGCUACCCCCCCAGACGUCCGCUAAGGGCCUCAUACUGACAAGCUCAGCAGUGGCAGCGCUGCAGAACAACCAGACUAAUACCACAAUGUCUCCCUUGAAAAACACCUCAAUCAGCAUGCUGCUCAACAACCCUAAGCAACAGCCUAUCACUGUGGGGGUAUCUCAGCAGCAGCAGCCAAUCACUGUGGGAAUGGCCCAGCAGCAGCGACCUAUUACUGUGAAGGUGGCUCAGCAACAGCCAAUCACUGUUGGGGUUUCGCAGCAGCAGACUCGUCAGGUCCUCCUUCCUCCAGGGGUUCAGAUCAGUGUCCAGAACAAGUUGGGUGUUGGAAUGGGAGUAGGGGUGGGAGGCAAUCAGUCCUUGAUGCUGACCCAAAGGAUGCCCAUUCCUCAGCCAGCACCCCGUAGUCAGAUGCUCUCCACUCAAUCUGUCAGGCUUGUUCCCACAGGCAACAAGCUUAACGGCAUUCCGACCUACACCCUAGAGACAGUGCAGGUGGCAGUGCCUGUCCAGACUGCAGGCGUGGGUCAGGUGGUCAAUAAAACACCUAUCCUGGUGACGACUCAACCGCAGCCCAGCCAAUCCGUAUCAGUCCCUGUGCUGGGUAAUGGCUUGGUUCGCAAUCAGAGUCCUGGCACAACCUUGCCCACUGCUUUGAGCAGCCCUUCAGAUAGACCCAGAGAGCUGGUGGUCCGCACCCAGUUCCUGAGGAGGAUGCGUAACACGGUGAAGUGCACCAGAUGUCAGAUCUUACUCUCUGAUAAGGGAAUCUUCCAGCAUCUUCUCCAUGGUCUGCGCUGCCUGUUCUGCCCGCUUAUCUUCUACUCCAUCCGCCAGAUAAUGGAGCACUGCACCCAGGAGCACAGCCUGGUUCACAGCGCCAACAGAGACCGCCUCAAAAAAGAGUUUAAACUGACAACAGAUGAGCAGGGACACUUGGUCAUCCCUUCCUUCGACAUGAGUACCAGCGUGCCUCAGGACCUGCUGGGCUUCAAACACUUAAACCUGGUCCUGGUCACCGCCUCGAGAGAGAAGAUCUAUCUCCAGAUGUCCGAGGAAGCGGGCAAGUUGUCUUGCCCUACUCUGCCUAAAGACGGCUGUCCUUUCUGUCCGGAGAAGCCUCAGAGCAGCACAGAGUACGAGCAGCAUCUCAGAAUUAAGCACCACAUCGUCCCCACAAUCCACGCCAUCCUAAAGUCCCCGGCCUUCAAGUGUGUUUACUGCCUGGGAGUCUAUGCAGACAAGUCUACCGCUAAGACGAUCUCCAUUCAUGUGCAGCGCUGUCGCUGUGCCCCAAAGGCUGCUAAAGAUGCAGAGAGGCUGAUCAACCCUGACCCCAACAGUCAGACAGUCAAUGGAAUGGUUCCCCUCACUGCUGCCUUGGACCAGAGGAAAGACCUGGGCCAGGGGAAGGUUAAGACCCGGGGUCAAGUCCAAGGUAAGGAGUCCCAAACUGUUACUUUUGACCCGUCUGUGCCCAUGGUGCUGGACCCCACGGGAAUGGAGAUGCGCUCGUUCGAGGACAGAAAGUUGUUCCUUGGACGCUACUUCAACAAGAAGCCCUACCUAUCGAGGCAGGAACAAGAGGCCCUGGCAGGUCGUCUCUGGUUCAACCGGACUGACGUGGCGUCUUUAUUCGGGGGAAAGCGGAGCAAGUGUAUGAAAGCCAUCCAGCGGCACAAGGCGACUAUAUUCUUGGGCUUCAACAUGACAGAGGUGUCAAAGGUGAAACACAACCUGAUUUUCCCUGCAGUAGAGCCGGUUAGACAGCCCCAGUCUGGAGAACUGCCUGCAGACAAAACGCCAACUGAGGGAUUUAUGUUUACUAUUAUUACAUAUGCCAGAAUACGGCCAUGUGUUUUCCGUCAGUAUUACGUGAGCAGUGGAGGGACAACGAAAAUAAUGUCCGUCGUCAAAGAAGUUGGCAUUAGUCGACAUCACCCAUGCUUGGAAAAAAACACCAGCAAGCAGCUCUAUGCUUCAGAUGGAACUGGGAGGAAAUAUGUUCAUACUUCGGCUGUCAAUGAAGCUAAAAACUUACUGAAAAAGUUUGCAAACCAAUCCAAAAAGAAAGGCUGGUACGAAACGCCACCUCGGUCUGCACCUAGUCAGACAGACUUUCUGAAGAUACCCAAAAAGCAGAGCCAGGAGGAUACACAGCGGACCAGGAUAUUGAACUCGGUUCUGUAUAAAGCCAUCUCCGAACUGCUGACCUCCCCAGAACUCAACUCGAAGGUCAUCAAUUACGGCGUGGAGAUCUCCAAAGUGUCAAUGUCUCCAGAUUUUUCCAGUUGCCGAGUGUACUGGAAGAUCAGUGGAGUAUCAGAACAAGAUGAUGUUAUUCAGAUGGCUCUGGAAAGGAGCAGUCCUAGAAUUAGGUACUUGAUUAUGUCCCACCAGACCAUGGGGGGUGUGCCUCCCCUGGUAUUCAUCAAAGAUAAACAGUAUGCAGCAAUGGCGAAGGUAGAGAUGCUCCUAAAGGAAGCAGACUUUGGACCAGAGGACCUUGACGGUUACACUGAUGAAGGACAACGAUUGCAUAUAGCAGAGACCCACUCCCCUGUUGAGGCUGUGAAGCCGGUUCUGUUCGGUGUCGACCACGAGGCCCUUGGCCGUCAGAUCCAGGACUACAAGCUCCGUAUCAAGGAAGCAGGGUUGGAAUCUGACAUAUCGUCACCAGCUUUCACAGAGGCACAGCUUGCGGCUCUGGAGGAAUACAGGAAGCAGAAAAUUAUCGCCAAGAAGAAGAAGUCCAAACGGCCCAUGGAUGAUGACAUUACACCGAGGGAGUUUCAGCUAGCACAAAUGGGACAAGGUCAGCAAGGAGAACUUGAGGAGGACCGAGCCUUCAGCCAGGAAGAAGUUCAGCUCAAAGAACUGAUGGCUGAUGAGGACAAGAAGUCCCAAUAAAAUACUUUCCGUGUCGUGAUAUUGAGUGUACUGGAUAUCUGGGGCAGUGUGAAAUAAAUACUUCAGUGAGGGGAUGGAAGGAAUAUUGUAAAGAAUUUGAUCCUCUGCAUUGAUCACUGGGAUAUUGUGUUUAGUUUUGUAUUUUAUAUAAAUUCCAAUAAACCUCACAUCAAAAAGUA